UAUUUUCAAGUUUAAUAAAGCGCUGUUUCUGAGAGAAUUAAUUCCUCGAUACUCUCCGAGACUCCGACAAUUGUACUGAUCGCGAAGAAGAGAAGAUGAUCUCGCAAUUUUUCGUGCUCUCGCAAAGAGGCGACAAUAUUGUCUUCCGCGACUAUCGCGGAGAAGUCCAGAAAGGAAGUACUGAAAUAUUUUUCCGGAAUGUAAAGUUUUGGAAGGAUGGAGAGGAGGAUGCGCCACCUGUAUUUAAUGUUGAUGGUGUGAACUAUUUCCAUGUGAAAGUUGCUGGAUUGUUAUUUGUUGCUACAACAAGGGUAAAUGUGUCGCCUUCUCUUGUCUUGGAGCUUUUGCAAAGAAUUGCACGUGUCAUCAAAGACUACCUUGGGAUUCUUAAUGAAGACUCAUUCAGGAAAAAUUUUGUCCUUGUGUAUGAGCUGCUGGACGAAGUUAUUGAUUUUGGUUAUGUUCAGACAACGUCAACCGAGGUUUUGAAAUCAUAUGUAUUCAAUGAGCCAAUUGUCAUUGAUGCUGCUCGUUUGCCAAGCCUUGGUCCUGCUGGAAUUUUUAUGCAAGGGAGCAAAAGAAUGCCUGGGACUGCAGUUACAAAAUCUGUUAUAGCCAAUGAGCCUCGUGGUAGGAAGAGGGAGGAAAUAUUUGUGGAUGUGAUUGAGAAAAUAAGUGUUACAUUCAGCUCUAGUGGAUACAUACUGACCUCUGAAAUUGAUGGCACCAUUCAAAUGAAGAGUUACCUUACUGGAAAUCCAGAAAUCCGUGUUGCUCUUAACGAUGACUUAAGUAUAGGAAGAAAUGGAAGCUCCAUUUAUGGCUAUGGUGGCUCAUCUGGAUCAGGGGCAGUGAUCCUUGAUGAUUGUAACUUCCAUGAAUCCGUACAUCUUGAUAGUUUUGACAUUGACAGAACCUUGAGUCUGGUACCACCCGAUGGAGAGUUUCCUGUUAUGAACUACCGUAUGACUCAGGAGUUCAAGCCUCCCUUCCGUAUCAACGCAUUGGUCGAAGAAGCUGGAUCCCUUAAGGCUGAAGUUAUUCUUAAAGUGCAUGCUGACUUCUCGUCAAGCGUUACUGCAAAUACGAUUCUCGUACAGAUGCCACUCCCAGUAUACACAACCAGGGUUAGUUUUGAUUUGGAGCCUGGAGCAGUUGGAAACACAACCGAUUUUAAGGAAUCUAGUAAGAAACUUGAAUGGGGUCUAAAGAAGAUUGUUGGUGGAACUGAACACACCCUACGUGCUAAGCUGACUUUUUCACAAGAGAUGCAUGGAAACAUUACAAAAGAAGUGGGACCAGUUAGCAUGACCUUCACGAUACCCAUGUACAAUGCUUCAAGACUUCAGGUGAAGUACUUGCACAUUGCGAAGAAGUCGAAGACCGACAAUCCAUAUCGAUGGGUGAGAUAUGUAACACAAGCAAAUUCUUAUGUCGCCCGGUUAUGAGUCUAAUCUUUCUAUCUACCGAAUUUUCCUCGCCUUCUUGUCGUCAUCUGCGUGUGCUUUGCUGGUUUCAGCUUUACGUAAUGAGCUCAAAAGUAUGAACUCAGAAAAUGGUGAUAAACCCUUGUUUUGUAUGCUACUUGAUAAGAUACUUCUUCUUCUUCUUCCCCUCUUUGAGCAUGCUUAUUGGAUUUGGAUACACUUUGGGAGUUUUGUUCGUUAUUUACAGCACCGGGCCAGACUUGCUGGAUUA